AUGUUCCGGAGCCUGCUGGUGGCGGCGGCGCAGCGGCCGCAGGGCCCGGCCGGGCCCCCCCGCGCCGCCCCCGGGCCCGGCGCCGCGGCCGAGGCGCUGGAGGCGCAGUUCAGCUGCCCCAUCUGCCUCGAGGUUUUCCACCGCGCCGUCGGCAUCGCGGGCUGCGGGCACACGUUUUGUGGGGAAUGCUUGCAGCCCUGCCUGCAGGUGCCCUCCCCGCUGUGCCCGCUCUGCCGCGUGCCCUUCGAUCCCAAAAAGGUGGAGAAGGCUUCCAGCGUGGAGAAGCAGCUCUCGUCCUACAAGGCUCCCUGCAGAGGCUGCAGCAAGAAGGUGACCCUGGCCAAAAUGCGCUCUCACGUCUCGUCCUGCGCCAAGGUGCAGGAGCAGAUGGCAAACUGCCCCAAGUUCGUUCCAGUUGUCCCCACAUCCCAGCCUAUUCCCAGCAACAUUCCCAACCGCUCCACGUUCGUGUGUCCGUACUGUGGGGCGCGGAACCUGGACCAGCAGGAGCUGGUGAAGCACUGCAUGGAGAACCACCGGAAUGACCCCAACAAGGUGGUGUGCCCGGUGUGCUCGGCCAUGCCCUGGGGGGAUCCCAGCUACAAGAGUGCCAACUUCCUGCAGCACCUGCUCCACAGGCACAAGUUCUCCUACGACACCUUCGUGGAUUACAACAUCGACGAGGAGGCAGCGUUGCAGGCGGCCCUGGCUCUGUCCCUCUCUGAGAACUGAGGCUGAUCCCUGCCCUGGCUCCUGCACACCCCAGGAGCCCUCCGGAGCCCCGCUGCUGCCUCUGUUCCCGCUGCAAAUCCCACCUUGUUUAAGAAGGUGGAGCCUCUUCAGUUGUCACAGUGAGUGAGCAGAGGCCUCUGGAGAGAGCAGCCUGUGCCUCAGGGCUGGGAUCAGUCCUUGGACAGGCAUUUCGUGUCCGUGUUGGGAGCAAAUCCCUUUGUCCAGAUCUAUUUAUUAUCAGAUGCUUUUUGGCACACUCGUCCCUGCUCUCUCUUGCAACAGAAUAGGUACCUGAAGCUGACAGACUGGAUGCCAAACACCCUAUUUUGGGACUGGAAUCAGCCACAUCCUUUUAAAAAGGAGGAAGGCAGCACGGAGCAUCUUUUUUUAAACUCUCCAAGGAUUUUUCUAGAGAUGUCAGGCUGUCCUGACCCCCGUGCUGGAGGCUGGAGCUGCCUCCUUCACCUGAAUCCCAGGAUGAGACUGAAGAGUGGUUCAGAGGAGCCCUCGAGGAUGGCACCCAGCAUCCAGGGAAACCCUCCCCUCCUCGUUUUGUACCGGCUCUUGGGAUACCAAAUCCUUGGUUUUUCUACACGAAGCAGCACGAAGCCUUUUCCACGUUUUCUAGAGCGGGGUCAGAAGCUGUUCCCCUCCUCACUGCAAUACCUGCCACCCAGGACAAGAGUAUUUUUAUGGAACAUUAUUAAGAAAGUUUAUUUUUUACACAAAUAACCCAAGCAGAUGAACACGUGGAUUGGGAGUGGGGUGAGGCAGGAGCUGGAUCCCAGAGCGGCAGGUUGGACUCUGAGGUGGGGGGAAGUGCAGGGAUCUUUCUGGGACAUCCCUGGAUAUUUCUGGGCCAUUCUGGGAUAUUUCUGAGCCUUUCCUGGAUAUUUCUGGGCCUUUCCCUUCCCUCACCAGAAUUCCUCUGCCUGUGAGGGAGCAGGCAGGAUCGUUGUGCCACGCUGGCACUCGGCAGGAGCAGCUGGAUUGGAUCCAGCUGCUGGUUGCCCAUGGAAUGUCUGUCCAUGCAGGAUCCCAAGCUCCUUAUCCCCCAGAAGUAAAGGAUUGCAUCUCCCUGUUGUAAGCCCUCCCUGGGAAUGGGGUGCUGUUGAUCCGAGGUGCUCCACAGCAUCCUGGUGAUCCCUGUUCCCCCUGCCCUUCCUCUCAGCCCUGCCUGCUGCUGCUGGAGUUGGCUCUGGAGGGCUGGGAGAGGCUGCCAGGGAGAUGGCAGCGGCCACGGGAUGAGCCCGAGGCUCCCUGUGGUGGACCUGAGGGAGGGGGCGAUUCCCGUGGUGCUGCCUUCCCUCAGAAUUGCAGGGAAGGGGAGUGGGAGAGGCCUCCUCUGCUCUCCCUGCUCCGAGAAUUCCUGAGCUUUAUCCAAAACCUGGCUCCAGCUCUGCCCUAGCAAUACUGGCUUGGGUUUUGUUUUGAUUUUCACAGAACUGGAUGAUUUUGGGAUGUGCAGCCCUGCGAGGAGCAUGCAGGGAGCCCUGAGCUCCCCUGGCAGGGCAGGGCAAGGGCUGGAGCUGCCCCCUCCCCUUCCUGGAGCCAGGCCAGCCAGGAGGGGUGGGAUCUUCUUUACCUGCCCAGCACUGCUGGCUCCUGGAGGACGUUCCUGGUGGGAUGGAGAGCCCUGGCAUCUUCCAGGAGGGACCCAGGAGCGUUUCCCUGUCCUGUGCUCAGCUGGGACCCUCAGCUGCUGCAGCAGCCUCCGUGUGAGCUGUGUGCUGUUGGGCCUCGGGCUCCUUCCCUCUCUGCUCCUUUUCCUUCUCUUUUUUGCCCCGCAGAGACAGAACAGGGGCAGCAAGAGCUGCUUUUGUAAAGCACUUUAAGGCCCUGGGUGUGAGGGGCCACGCCAGGCCGUGCCAGGGCUCCCUCCCUCUGUGCCAGGGAUCCGUGGAUCCUGCCGGCUGUGCCCGCCAAGUGCGUCACCCACCACUUUUUUGCAUAAUUAGAACUUUUAACGAGCCGUCCUGUUUUUUGAAGAAGAAUUAACUCGAUGACGUAUUUGUAGCAAACCAUUUUUCUCAAUAAAGGCAGUUUCAUCCAG